CCGUUCCAGCGGAAAAUGGCCAGGACCAGCACGACCUCUCGUUUCUCCCUCCCUCGUUAUUCAAAUACCCUCCGACCUCCUGCAUUCAUUUCAUCGCACCACCACCACCUCCAGUUGAUCGCCAUGAGGGCCCAGCUCGCUCUAGCGCUUCUUCUCCUCCUCGCGGUUGCCUCCACCAGGCAGCUCGCGUCGGCCUUGGACUAUGGCGGUGAGGUGAAGAAAUCGGAGCCCGCCCCUGAGGUUGCUGCCGCCGAGAAGAAAUCUGAAGACCUUGCCUAUGCCGGUGGUGCGGAGAAAUCUGAGCCCGCCUCCGAGAAGAAAGCCGAGGCUGCCGUGGAGAAGAAAGCCGAGGUUGCCGUGGAGAAGAAAGUCGAGGCUGCUGCAGAAAAGAAAGUCGAGGCUGCUGAGGAUAAACCGGCCGCCGCCGACUAUGCCGAGGCUGCUGUAGAGAAGAAAGUCGAGGCUGCUGUGGAGAAGAAAGUUGAGAAGAAAGUCGAGGCUGCUGCCGAGAAGAAAGUCGAGGCUGCUGAGGAUAAACCGGCCGCCGCCGACUAUGCCGAGGCUGCCGUGGAGAAGAAAGUCGAGGCUGCUGUGGAGAAGAAAGCCGAGAAGAAAGUCGAGGCUGCUGCCGAGAAGAAAGUCGAGGCUGCGGAGAAUAAACCAGCCGCCGCCGACUAUGCCGAGGCUGCCGUGGAGAAGAAAGUCGAGGCUGCUGUGGAGAAGAAAGCCGAGGUUGCUGUGGAGAAGAAAGUCGAGGCUGCUGCCGAGAAGAAAGUCGAGGCUGCUGAGGAUAAACCGGACGCCCCCGACUAUGCCGGUGCUAAGAAGAAACCGAGCGUUGCCCCCGCAGAGAACAAACCAGUGAGCGCCCCUGGCUAUGCCGGUGUGGAGAAGAAAUCUGAAGUCGCCGCCGAGAAGAAAUCCAAAAGCAAGAGUAAGGAAGAAGGCUCGGAGAAAAAAUCUAAAAGCACCGAGAAGAAACCCAAAACCAACGCCGAGAAGAAGCCCAAGAGCAAGGACGACGGCUACACCAGCGUGGAGAAGAAAUCGAAAGCAAAAGUAGAUACCUCCAAGGUUGCUGGGGCCGAGAAGAAACCAGAGGUCCCAAAGAAGGACGAACCUAAGAAGCCGAAGGCAAAGAAACCAGAGAGCUACGUUGCACCAAAGAAGGAGGAGCCAAAGAAGGAAGAGCCCAAGAAGGAGGAGCCUGCCCCCGAUGCUUACACCAAACCAACGAAGGACGAGCCAGCCCCUAAGGAGGAGCCGAAGACACCGGCACCCGAUGCCUAUGCCACGCCAAAGGAGGAAGUGAAGAAGGAGGAAGCAAAGAAGGAGGAAGUGAAGGCUGAAGUUAAGAAGGAGGAAGCGAAGAAGGAGGAAGUGAAGGCUGAAGUGAAGAAGGAGGAAGUGAAGGCUGAAGUGAAGAAGGAGGAAGCGAAGAAGGAGGAAGUGAAGGAGGAGGCAAAGAAGGAAGAGGCGUCGGCAGCAGGUACACCCGACGCCUACGCCGAGCCAAAGAAGGAGGAGACAAAGAAGGAGGAAGUAGCGGCGAAGGAGCUGAAGAAGGAGGAAGUAGCAGCAGAGGAGCCGAAAACACCGGCAGCCGAUGCCUACGCCGAGCCAAAGGAGGAGGAGGUAAAGAAGGAGGAAGUAGCAGCAAAGGAGCUGAAGAAGGAGGAAGUAGCAGCAAAGGAGGAGCCGAAAACACCGGCAGCCGACGCUUACGCCGAGCCAAAGAAGGAGGAGGCAAAGAAAGAGGAGGCAGCGAAGGAGGAAGCCAAGACACCGGAAGCUACAACCGACGCUUAUGCCGCGCCGAAGACUGCCGAGCCGGAGACGCCAGCGGCCAGCACAACCGACGCGCCCAAGACUGCCCAGCCAGAGACACCGGCGGCCGAAGCAACUGAUGGCUACGCCGUGCAGAGGCCGAGGAAGAUCGGCCAUUUACCCGGCCUGCCAUACUAAAUUCAAGGGCUCACCGAGUUUACGAGGGACCAAUCGAAGUAAGUUUCCCUCACAGCUCACUUGAGGAGGCAUGGCCGUAAAAUCAUAAUAAGGCCCAUGCUCCGUUUUUACCCCCUGAUUUACAUUGUGCAAGUGCUUGCCCACAAUGUACCACUAAUGCAUGCAACUGCGUUUGCAAUAUUGCUGUACUUUUCUGUAAAGAGAACUUAUACCUGUUUUGUAAAGAGACGGGUGUGUUAUCACUUUGUAUUCUAAAAGGAGUAUAUUUAUGUACCGUGCCUGUAACACUGGAUUCAGUAAAUUCAGGUUUCGUGAAUUCAUUCACGAGAAUUUUGUCGGA